AUGCCCAAAGCAUCAAUGUCCAGUGUCAAGGAAUCUGAAGCUUCUGAAAGAACAGUUGUAGUUAGUGGUCUUCCAGUUGGUUGUUUUAGUGACCAAUCACUGGCCACCUUAGUGAAGAUUUACUUCCAGGAUAUGAAGAAUGAGGGUGGAGAUGUGGAAGAUGUGAUAUAUCCAACAAGAACCAAGGGAGUUGCAUAUGUAACAUUCAAGGAAAAAAAAGUUGCAGAGAACGUCAUCAGAAAAAAGAAACACCAUCUAAAAAAGAAGACUAUACAGGUUCCACUCACAGUCUCUCCUUUUAGUGAAAAGGUCUUCUGCUCUGUAAAUGCAAUCCUUGAUCUUUCUGUUUUUCGGAGACAAGUUGUUCUAGAAAGUCUGAUAAGGGACCUGACAAAGAAAAUCCCAACUUUAUGCUUCAGUCCUUUGAAACCCAAUGGAAGAAUUUCUGUUCAAGGAUCAUUUCUGGCUAUCAAGAGGCUCAGAGAACUUUUGCUAUUAAAAGCCAGUUUUCUUUUAGAAAGAAACAGGAAUUUUGUCAGUGAGGGAAAAAAGUGGAGUAGACAAAGCCUCCAGGGGAGUCUACAGAGAAGUAAUAACUCAUUGGAGUCAUCCAGGACCUUAGUACCUGAGAUGACUAGAAGUGGAGAAACAUUUGUUCUUGACACAGAUGUGUUCCUUUACUUGAAACAGAAGUGCAGAUGUUAUGAAAGCACAUUGAAAAAAUUUAAUGUUCUAAGUCAAGAGAGAGUGGAUGGUGAUAUCACUACAGUUUGUCUAAGAAGUGCUCAAAGUGGGUCUCAGCCAAGUGAUGUAAAGCAUGCAAAACAGCUCGUUGAGAAAUACUCACAUUCUCUUCAGUUUAAGCUUAGAAAAGAGACAUUUGUUUUGGAAGGAAAGGAGAAUAAAGAGAAAAGAACUAUUAAACUGGCAUGUGAGCAAGUAAGUUCAAGUUACCUUCAAGUGCUGGUAAAUUUUUAUAGGACACACAUUGACAUUAUAGGAUCUUCUUCUGACACUUACCUAUUUAAAAAACAGGUAAUGAAAUUAAUAGGGCGAAAGGUUAGUUAA